UUACCUCCCUCUUUGCCUUAUAUUUGUUGGAGUGAUAAUUGGAGAGAGAGAGUGAGUGAGUGGGGAGUGUGAGAGGUAGAGAGGAACCCACCUCAGCGCCCUUUCUAGGAAACCAUACGAAGAGAAGAAAGAGAAUAGAGAGAGAGAGAGAGAGAGAGAGAGGCCGAUGGAAAGAAAAGGGGUAUAGCAGCAGGAGCAGAAGAAGAGAGCAGCAGAUAGGGACAAAGAGGUUUUGCUCAGAGGAGAUCCAAGGAGGAGAUCCAAGGGAGGGGGAGGAGGUGACGAUGAUGAUGGACGAAACGAGGAACAGCAGCUGUAGCUGAGGGGGUGGGGGGAAAUUCUAGCAAGAGCCAAAAAGAGAUAGAGAUAGAGAGAGAUAAAAGAGAACAGAGUCGUUAUUAUUGCACUGUUCGGAGCUUCUCUGCUACAACUCUCUCUCUUUCUAUCCCUGCAAAAUCAAGAAACCCCCUCUUUCUCUUUUCGCAGAAACAGCCAAAGCGCGGACAGAAGUAGUAGUAGUAGUAGCGUAGUCUCAGCAGCAGUCGCAGCAGCAGCAGCAGCAGCUACAGAGAUCAGAAGCCCACCACAGAACUUUGCUCAGUUCUCCACCACAACAGACUCUCUCUCUCUCUCUCUCUCUCUCUCUAUACCAGCAAACAGCAAUCAAGAUCGCUUCUUCCCUUUUUCUUUAAAUUCGCUCGUUCUCUCUCUCUCUCUCUCUCUCUUCUCUCUCUGUGCGCCGUCUGAUGCGAUCUCAGAGAGAGACCCCACACUUCACCCACAUAACACCCACAUAGAUGCAUCCCUGGAUUGAGCUUCCCUCCUUCUCUCUCACCCAACUUUCCAUUUUCUCUCAUUCCCCACUAUUCUUUCUCUCCCUCUAAACCACCCACGACAGAAAAGAUUCAAUUUUUCGAAUACCACUGCUGAGGAGGCGGACGAGACUGUGCAAGAAAGGAGCCAAAAAAAAAAAAUACAGUAUCGGUACUGAGUCAGCGCGUAGUUGUGGCUUCUUCUACCAGGAGGCUGCUCUCGGACUCCGGCGCAUUCGCUGACUGGGCGGCCUCCUCCUCCUCCGCCGUCGGCCGCGCCGUCGCCCCCGACGACCUCUCUCUCGGCUUCAAUGCUGCCUCUCUCGCGGGUGGCGCCCCCGCCUGGCCCCCCGCCUCCUCCCGCUCCGGCGUCAACUACAGCCUCCCGCCGGAUAUGGGCAUGGUCGGUCUCCGCGACGUCUUCGUCGUCGCGCCGGCCACCUCCUUCCACCACCCCACGAGCCACCACCACCACCACCACCACCACCACAACGACCAGGUCAUCGCGGACUCCUCGAACGGCUCCAACAACUCGGCCGCUACUGCACUCGGUAUGGGCGUCGGCGUGGGAGUCAUCCCCCUCCUCACCGCCGGCCCGUGCCUCGGCCCUCCUCAAAACGCGGCCGAGGGCGACAACGGUAAUUUGACGGCCCGGGGCGGCGGCAGAGCGGGCGCUGCGGCUGAAUUCCAGCUGUGGCAGAACCAGCAAUCUUCCCAUCAUUACUUGAAGAAAUCGGCUCCGAUCCUCGACCAUGGCAACUCCGGUGCUUUAAUUCAAAGCGGCGGGGGCGGAGGGAUCGGCGCGAGCUCUAGCAGCACAGCGACGUGCCAAGACUGCGGGAAUCAGGCCAAGAAAGACUGCAGCUACCGGAGAUGCAGGACUUGUUGCAAAAGCCGGGGUUUCGAUUGCGCCACGCACGUGAAGAGCACGUGGGUGCCCGCCUCAAGGCGGCGGGAGCGCCAGCUCAUGACCAGUACCACCACGGCUGGCGGGACCGGCGGUUCUGUGUCCACUUCUGGAGCCAAGAAGCCGAGGCUCGUCGGCUCUCAGACGACCACCACUUCCCACACUUCGACCUCCAACACCACGCCGCCGAGGAGCUUCGACACGAGCUCGAGCCGCCAAGAUGCGAGCUUCAAGGAGUCGUUGCCGGGGCAGGUGCGCGCGCCGGCAGUCUUCAAGUGCGUGCGGGUGACGUCGGUGGACGACGAGGAGGACGAGUACGCUUACCAGGCGGUGGUGAAGAUCGGUGGUCACGUAUUCAAAGGGUUCUUGUAUGACCGAGGCGUCGAGGAGAGAGAAGACAUUAUGAACUUGUCGGAUCUGCAUUUGGGCGGCGGAGGCGGCGGAGAUAGGAACGGGGCCUCGUCGUCGUCUCCGAUCAUGGAUCCUUCGGAUGUUUACGCUUCUGGGGGUGGAUUGCUUGGAGGCUCAAGCUAUGGUAACCCAAUAAAUUGAGACAAUGCCAUUUCUGGUUGAAUUGAGGAUUAGUUUAUAUAUUCAUCCCACUCAUGGAAUGACAUUUGUAAUAUUGUUGUAAUUGUUCACCUAUUAAUCGCUAAUUAAACUCUAACCUGGGGGUUCUAGUGAUUUGUUACUAGGUCUAUAUAUAGACCUUGUUCCCUAUUAACACAUGUCUAUCUUCAUUAGUUUCACCUUAAGUUUUUGAGUAGUGCCUCCACUUGAUCUUAUUUCUCUGGAAGUUCCCUCUGUAAUGAUGGUGGGUAUUAUUUGCUUUAUAAGCUUAUUAAAAUGUGGAAGAUCAAGUGUUGUGCUUCUUUA